AUGCAAGAGCUGAUGCCUCAACAUGGCACUGAGAAGAAAGCUGAUGUGAGCGUUGUACCUCAUGAGAGAUCCAUUUUCACCAAACACACAAGGCAGAAGCUGGAAAGCUCUCAGAAGAAGGUUGAACCAGUUCCAUUGAUAGGCUUCUUCACAGAAAAAAUUGUGGAGCUUUUGGUGGGAGCUCAGUCACGGUUCACUUACAUAUCGGGAUCUUGAGUUUAUCACUUCUGCACGCCAUUGUGGAGAGAUUCGUAGGGAAUGUUACAGGCUUUGUAAGAAGUUGUGUUUAUUGCAGUUAGGACAUACGAUCAUGCAAAGAUGUAGUUUGAUGAUGAGCUGUUUGUGUCUGAACUUUGGUCCCAUACAAAUAAAUGAAACAAAGUUUUCAUCAGUGCAAGUGGAACAUGAAACCUUUUCAUUCACUUGUGUAAAUCA